GCUGUCGACUCACACCCUCGUCCACCGAGCGCCUCUCCUCUACUGCCGCCAAAGGCAAUAACCCCCUUCGUUGCGUUUUUUCAUUCAAGAGAAUCGUUGCACAUGAAAGAUCCGGUUGGGGGGUGACACAUCCCGAAACUGCGCUGGCGGGCGGCCGCCAUCUUGGCUCCCGCUGCCGUGCGCCGCAAUGAGGGACGCCGAGCACGCGUUUGGAGCCCCAAUGGCGUCAGUUUCCUGAGCCUCUGAGCCCCGUCAAAGGCGGUGCGUGGUAACUACUCUGCGCAUGCCAAUGGGCGGAAAUGGGGAAAAAAAAAGUGCCUGAAAGUAAGCGAGCGAGAGGAAGUGGCGGGUGAUCGGGUCCGCACCUUUUCCGGUAGCCGAGAGCCGCUCGGAGCUGAGAGAGAGAGAGGCGAGAGCGGGGUGGAUCAAUCCGGGGAUCGGGGGGCCGCAGAGCAGGGAGAAGAGAAGAGGAAGCUCUCGAAUGAAUCAAUGACCUUUGGAGUCGCCUCGGCUCAGGCUCUUCCGUCUCCGACAGAAGUGUGGCGGACCCGGGCGGACCAGGCUGAAGCGCGGAGCCGGUGAAAUUGCGAGCUGCCCACCCGGUUCAGAAAGGAGGGGAGGCGGCGGCGGCGGAGGAGAAGGAGAAGGAGGAGGAGGAGGAGGGGAGAGAGAGAGAAACGGGCGAGCGGAGACCUCGACACGGGCACGCCAGGAGGAAGUCUGUGAACUAGCUCCCGCAGGCUUCUGCGAAGGCCUGCUCGGGCAGCCGCGCCGAUCCUCAGCCAGCUCACUUCUGGAAGUUGAGAGAGGGGCCGGGAGAGCAACACCCACCCCCCCCCAGCCGGACCCGUCUGUGUUGUAGGCCCUCGCCUUAGAGAGGAAGAAGGCAAGCCGAGGGACUGGAGAACCGCAUUACACGGACCCGUAAGUGGAUCCCGGUGUGCUCUUGAUGUGGACUUGAAAUAACCGGCCUCCCCACACCCUCUUUGUCAACCUCUUUCCGGCACCUGGAUUCCUCGCCACUCCCGGUGUCUUUUAACUGUGACCUCGGCCUCCCUUUUGGCGUCCCGGCUCGGUUCAAGGCAAAACCUUUUACUGACUGAAAGGGAUAUCUGACAGCCCGGGAGGAGGGGGGACGGACCGACCGACGGGACAGCUUUGUUGUUAUGGAUUCUUUUCGGAUGUUGUCUAGAAGUUGCACAGCCGGCUUUUAGUGUUGGGGGAGCAGUAAUCUCGCACGGACGGAUUGCCGCUUUGCAGAGACACCGUCUGCGUCUACAGCCCAGCGAUUGAAUGGUUUCUAACUUCAGCCUGUCCUGAUGUACUGUCCUUUGCUCCCCACCGGAUAUUGACCAGUGCGUGACCAGUUGGCUGCUUGGGCUGAAAGUCGGGAACUGUUCGGUAAAAAGAAAUACAAAAUCAGAACAUCUUAUUUAUUAGGUCUCAAGUGCACAACGGGGGUCCAGGUGACUUAUUGAAUUUCUCAGAGGAACUGGAUAUUUAUGCGCUGUUUACACGAUGGGGAAGAUGCUAUCCAAGAUAUUUGGCAACAAGGAGAUGAGAAUAUUGAUGCUUGGACUUGACGCCGCGGGGAAGACCACCAUACUUUACAAACUGAAACUGGGGCAGUCCGUCACCACCAUCCCCACCGUAGGCUUUAACGUGGAAACCGUGACCUACAAGAACGUGAAAUUCAACGUGUGGGACGUCGGGGGACAGGACAAGAUUCGCCCCCUGUGGAGGCACUACUACACGGGCACGCAGGGGUUAAUCUUCGUGGUGGACUGUGCGGACAGAGACCGCAUAGACGAGGCCAGGCAAGAGCUCCACCGCAUCAUUAAUGACCGGGAGAUGAGGGACGCCAUUAUCUUGAUUUUUGCCAAUAAGCAAGACCUGCCUGAUGCCAUGAAGCCGCAUGAGAUCCAGGAGAAACUGGGCUUAACCCGCAUCCGAGAUAGGAAUUGGUAUGUGCAGCCGUCCUGCGCGACUACAGGUGACGGACUGUACGAGGGGCUGACUUGGCUAACUUCUAAUUACAAAUCUUAAUGGUCGAAUGAUGACUGGUUAGAACAAGCAAAAAAAAUAAAAUAAUACAAAAUUUACACGAGAAGAAGCAAUUAACAAAUAACAUGGCUUCUCGGAAGAAUAUAAUAAAAAAAGUUUGAUUAUAAUUCAUUUUCUUUUGAUUAUUAUAUGACCCCCGUAUAACUAAUCAUUUUUUUUUCUUAAAGUAAUUAUUUGGCUGGCUUUAAUUUUGCUUUUGCGCUGUCCUUGGAUCACGUUCUUUAUUGAUUACCGUGACUCAAGAAAUACUCCCGUGAGAGACUUUUUAAAAGAAAAAGCAGACUACAUGAAUUGCCUCAAGCUCUUGAAUUUUCUUAGUUUUAUUGUAUUAUUUCCUUUGGCGGGGCGGGGAUUUUUUUUUUCUGUUUUACUUCUCAUUUUUGCCUCUCUGAACCUGCUUGAUGUAGACUUUGCUUCUUUUACAUUCAUACCGAACAUGUGUGCGAUGUUCAGGCCUGAAGUUUCUAAUAGUAAAUAUAUAUAAAAAUUGUUUGAAAAAAAAAACAAUACGGCGUGUCUCUAAAUUUUAUACUGUUUCUUUGAGAAGGAAUUAAGCCCAGAGCUUACAGAUUUAAGAUUGCCGAGAGAGCCACCAGGUGUUUAGCAGCACCGUUCUGUUACAACUAUGUGAAGUAUUACUGUAGGUAUAGAUGCUGAACGAGGUACAAGUAUACUACAGCAAAGUGCUCAAAACACUUCUAUAUAUAUGUAUUCCUCUGUAAAUGAGCGUCCCAAGCAUUGGUGACCUGCAAUGCUGUUUUGAAGGACCCCCCCGCCGCACACGGGUUUUAAAAGUAAGGCUUGAAGUUGUUACCACGGGUAACUAGGUUGGGCCGGAAGCCCCCCUCCGUGACGGACUGCUGCGCCUCGCGAAGACUUCGCCGAAGUUCCCGUGACGGGCUCGCGCGCUCCGCCAUCCCGGUGCUGCUCCCCGCUCCCCGCUCCCCGCUCCCUGCUCCGGCGCGUGGCGGCCGAGCGAGUGACUCAUCCGCCGAGAAGGCCCGGCGCAGGCGGAGGAGCGCGGCCCGUAGUCUGGGGUUGUGCCGGGUUAGGCGUAGCUCGUCACAAGGGGGUGGGAGUUUCAAAUUAAUCCGCCAGUUAAAAGGAACACGUAGGUGUUUUUAACCGACCUCUCUUUUUUUUUUCCUUCAUAACGUCGAUGUAUCAAUGCCUUUUUUUUUUUGUUGUUCCUUCACAUUUUCAUUUAUGACCUUUGUCGUGAAGGUGUGGGAUUUUAAACUUUAUUAAAAAAAAAAUCAGCUUCAACUGCA